GCCGGAACGUGCCCACAUGAGCUGGUGCACACCAGGCUCUCGUGCUCCCGACUUGUCCCGGGUCUCGCUGGUCUUGUAGCCCUGUUCUGGGAUCAUGUUGGUGCUUGUCGGGCUCCUGUGGAGCCUGUUCGGGGCGACGCUGGGGGCUCCGCUCCCGCAGCAGGCGUGGCUGGAGGCCGAGCCCCCGCAGAGCCCCCCGUUCCACCGGCUGCCCACCUUCCUGCACGCGCCGGCGCCCCUGGUCCCCCCGCAGCUGUUCCAGCCGGUCCCCCACAAAACGGCUCUCCCGGCCGGGCUCUCCACGCUGCUCAUACCGCCCACAACGCACGAGCAGGGGCUGGAGGACGGGGGCGCGCGCGCCGUGGAGGUCUGGUGCGGGCCGGACUCGGUCCGCGUGCGCCUGGACCGCCUCCAGCUGCGGGCCUGGACCGUGCCGUCCCGGUUCCGACUGGGCUCGUGCCAGGCCAACCAGGUCACGGCCCGAUACGUGCACUUCAGCUACGGCCUGGGGGAGUGCGCCGGAGAGUCUAAGGUUGUUGGUGGUCAGCUGGUGUACACCUACACAAUGAGCUACACUCCACCUCCACAGGGCCAUGUCAUCAGACUUUUUCCUCUCAACUUUCCAAUCCACUGCCAUUACAACAGAUUUCAUUAUUCUUACCAAGUUGGCUUCAGACCCCAAAUUCAGCAUACCACCUUACUGAAGAGUCUCAAAAGUAAACUAGCCUUCAGUCUCACUGUCUGUAAUGCCCAGUGGGAGCCCCUGGCUCCAGGCCACAGUUUCUCUUUGGGGGAAUCGGUGUAUUUGAUGGCUCAGGCUGGAGCUCUCUUGUCUGGGGAGAGGCUCUUUGUGGACUCCUGUUAUGCCACCAGCUCUGAAGAUCCCGACGGCUUGCCAAGGGUGGACAUCAUAAGCAACUUUGGAUGCAUGGCGGACAGCCGGAGGGGGGGCAGCAGCUCCCAGUUUCUGUCGGGAGGGGCCGGCGUGCUGAAGUUCUCUGUGGAUUCUUUUCUGUUCAGAGGAGUCUCACAGGUCCAGUACCUCCACUGUUCGUUGUCAGUCAGUCUUGGUGUUUCCCACAUCGCAAAGUCCUGCACUUACCACGAGGCCUCUGGCAGGUGGGAGGAGCUGGCCGCCUCACCAUCGGUGUGCUCCUGCUGUGAAUCUGUGUGCUCGGACACGGGGGGCGUCCCUAAGGAGAGCAGAGUCCAUAGUUUGGGCUGGCUUGUGAGCCAAAAAGACAAAGAACCAAAGAUGGCAGAGAUGCAUCCUCCAGCCGAGGAGGAUGAAGAGAAGAUGAAGGGCAGAAUGGAUGUGCACCACAAAGGCCUUCAGACUUCUCCACAGGAGAUCCAGACUGGAAGUGAGGAGGAAAAAACAGGAGACUUCUCUGAGAAAAUGAAGUGGAAGGUGGCGGUGGUGGGCCAGCCCAGCACAUCAGAGGAGGGGGCGCGUGGGGGUGAAGAGCCGCUGUCUGAGCAGCCGUCCAGCCAGCUGAAGGGGGGGCCGGCACCGGGGGUCAUGUCAGAUGAAGGCGGACCACCUUACAAUGAUCCUGCUCAGGCCGGUGACGGGGCCCCCGCUUUUAGAAACGAUUCAGGGAGAGCUGUGUUCAGACCCAGAGGAGCAGAGGGCUCUGGGGGGACUGACCUGAGAAAUGACACCUCAGGUAUCGGGUCAGAUGAGCAUGGUGCUGCUGGUCCCAGCCCCGCCCCCCCGCCCUGCGCCAGCUGCAGCUCAGAAACUGGAGAAGUUCAGCAUGAAAAGGAGGGUGUCGUCAGCAGACGGGAUGUUGACGCAGAGGCCUUCAGUCCUCAGAAUGUGACAUCUGCUCCUGGCGUGAGGGAGACAGGGAGACGACCCCCCACCCCUGAGGCCGACGGGCGCGCUGCCCCCCACCUCAGAGUGUCAGCAGAGGCCGGGCUCCAGUCGGGGCUCGAGUUGGAGGCCGUCCCGUGGGCGGGGCAGAUCCAGUGUGUUGAUAAGGUGGUGCACCCCGUGCCUCUCAGCCUACCGGCUGCAGCUGCAGGUGGAGAUGAUGACCUGCAGAGCAGAGGGUCAGAGCCAGACCAGCCUGCUCACUCUGCUGGCCCCAGGCAUCUGGUCUGUGAAGUACGGGGGGCAGAGUCUGAUUCUGGACAAGAAGAUGAAGCACUUAAUCAGUUUGGUGGAGGAGUAAAGGCUCAGAAAGAGGUCUCUGGUUCUUUGACACCGCGUGUGAGUGUUGGAUCGGAGCAUCAUUCAGCCGUGGUCACCGUCAGUGGCGGCGUGCCGGACUCUGGGAGCACCCAGAGGACUGACCGGCUGUGGACCGAGGUGUGGCCAGGAUGGGGCGGGCAGAGCUCUGGCUUUGUGGGAGCACAGCCGGCUGGAGUUGAACUGGAGCUGACACACCGCCUGUUGUUCAGCAGGCCUGAUCAUCUCUCCACUAAACCAUAAAGUGACCAAGCAACAGACUGAAGGAUGUGAGUGUUUCUUCUGCCUGUGGUUUAUGCUGUGAAGCUGUAGUCUGGGUGUAGCUGUUAUGUUAGCCACUAACCUAAAGUCCUUUUCAGGUCUAGCUGGACUACUAAUGGGUGCUGUGGUACCGAGGGGUGCACUAGUGUUCCACUGAUGGAGCAAAAACACUUUGCAGGGAGGUCAAGUGACACGAGGUAUUAGGUAAAUAGAUCUAGACCUUCAUGGAAUGACUGGGAGAGGAUGAUCACUGAAAUGUCAGUCCUGUCAGGAUUUUCUCUGAAUUAAAACACAGCAAUCUCAAGAAUUACUCCAAUGCCCGCCUAACAUUUGUUCCAGAGGCUCAGGAAGGUUCUCACAUUGACACUGUGCUCCGAUGGGACGGCUAAUAAAAAGCUACACCUGAAUCGCG